GACGUUUUCGAUUUUUUCCUUCUUCCGUCUGCGAUGUGUACACUUGCCAGCACUUGGUCGGACCGUUCUGAUACCUAUACAGAAUUCUUGGCAGAACCCCAACCUGUUUCCAUUGAGACAGAGGAAGUGAUGACGCACUUUUGCCCUGGCCGCCCAGUCAGGAGGCCGUGGGUUGCCGGUUGUGCACAGACCGCGCUCGGUUACUACAACCCCCUUGUCUUUUUGGGACUUUUCUGACGUUUCGAUUGCGAAAACGAGAAGCCGAGAGGUGGCCGAGUUGAAGCUGUUUCCUGGAAUUCGGCAUUCUUUGCAGUUGUGUCUUCCUUGAGCCACUGACCUAUCGAUACCGUUCUCUUUUGGCCUUUUUACCUUUGCCUUUUUCUUCGUGUUGGAGCAGCACCAGAGAGCGGACAGAACGAACGUGACUGACCGAAGCAAGUUUUCGGAUUGUAUUCUUGAGCAUCCCUUGAAAUACGAAGGAAGAAGAGUUUAAUCUUUAAGAUUUUCCAACCAUCUGGAAAAGAGGAGCGCUUUGAUAUGGGGGAGUUGCCAGAAGUUCUUCCCUAAACAAAUGACGUAUUUGCGUCAUUCUAGUGCAGCUGAAGUACUUUUCUUUCUUUUAAAUGAGUGCAGCACACCCGUUUGGAAACCACUUUUACACUACUAGCAGGAAUGGAGCCCACAAAGACUGGCAUUUCCGUUAACCUGGCGUUUGAUAGCUCCGGAGAUGUGCUUGUCUGAGAUGCCUUAUGAUGAAAUUGAAGCUAAAUCUUUGGGACAUGGGGAAGACCUAACAAGUGAACCAUGCUACAAGAAACCGAAGUCAACUGAAGAGUCUUUUAUUUUCCUCCGUCAUGGUAUUUCUAAUUUUCACAGAGUACAAGAGAAAACUGGAAAUGAUUGGGUCCCUGUGACCAUUAUUGAUGUCAGAGGACGUGGUUCUUCUCAGGAAGACAAAACCAGAACUACAAAUUUGCUGAAACCAGUGCAUGAUAAGAUGCUUAGUAAUAGACCAGCUGUUACUGAGUCCGUUAAUUCACAGGUUUUACAGGCUACAAGUUCUCCAUUGGUAUCCACAGAUGAUGGGAUAUAUAGCACAAGUAAAGCAUUUAUAGGACCCAUUUACAAACCCCCUGAGAAAAAGAAAUGUAAUAAAAAGAGGAAGCAAGUAGACAAUAUUAAGGGUAUAAAUGGCGAAGGAGGACAAGAUGAGAAACAAAAAUUUAACUGGAAAAAAUCAGAGAUUGAUAAUGAAUUAUUCCAGUUUUACAAAGAAAUUGAAGAACUUGAAAAUGAAAAAGAUGAUUUAGAAGGCAGUUGUAAGGAACCCAAACUCUCUGAGGAACAGUUUAUUUCAUAUGAUCAGGGACAUAAUAAUGAUCUGAUGAAAUAUGCAGAAGAAAAGAAAAGAGAUCUUAGUGCUCUUCAGUUGCAUUGUGGUUAUCAACAGGACAUGAGGAAUGAGCCAGGCAGAUAUCCUUGUCAUGGACAAGUGAUACCUACAUUUUGUGAUGUGUCCUUUACUUCCUUCAGGCAUGAAUGGCAAUCAGUGCAUUCUUUUAUAAUACCCAGGGGUCCUCCUUUUCCUAGUUCUAACUGUCAUUUAAAUAUUCAAAGAUUCAGUGCUCCACCAAGUCCAUCAUCAAAUAUUUUCCAUGCCCAAGAUGGCUCUCAGACUCAAAAAGGAGGUUAUGUGAAUAACUGUCAUGGUAAUUGGAAUUGUUUGACUUUUGAUCAGAGCAAUGAAUAUACUGACUUUAGUGAAAAUAUCGGUAGUGAUCUUCCCUUUGGAAAUGGCUACACUGUACAAGAUGCAUAUGUGAGUGGUGGUUGCUGUGAACCUAGUAAAGGAUGCUGGAAAGAUCCUAUAGAUAAGCAUAAUAGCCCAGAUAGGUUUAUGAACCAGCAGUUUCAAGAGGAGAAGUUAGGUAAAUUGCAGAAGUUACUUAUUCUUUUAAGAGGCUUGCCUGGUUCUGGAAAAACAACAUUAUCUCGAAUUCUGCUUGGUCAGAGUCGUGAUGGCAUUGUGUUCAGCACUGAUGACUAUUUUCACCAUCAAGAUGGGUACAGGUAUAAUGUUAAUCAGCUUGGUGAUGCCCAUGACUGGAACCAGAACAGAGCUAAACAAGCUAUCAAUCAGGGGAGAUCUCCAGUUAUAAUAGACAACACUAAUACACAAGCUUGGGAAAUGAAGCCAUAUGUGGAAAUGGCCAUAGGAAAAGGAUACAGAGUGGAGUUUCAUGAACCUAACACUUGGUGGAAAUUUGAUCCUGAAGAAUUAGAAAAGAGGAAUAAACACGGUGUGUCUCGAAAGAAGAUUGCUCAGAUGUUGGACCAUUAUGAAUAUCAAAUGUCCAUCUCUAUUGUAAUGAAUUCAGUGGAACCGGUGCACAAAAGCACACAAAGACUUCACCCUUCAGAGGAGAGACAGAGGUGGGGAAGUUCUCUAGGCUUGCACAAUCAAGUCUGUGUCACAUACAAUCAUUAAGAGAGAGGGGAAAGGAGGGAGAUGGAUCCAUCAGUUGCCUCUUGCACUCACCCCAACCAGGACAGUGGGCAACCUGGACAUCUGCCCUGAUUGGGAAUUGAACCAGUGACCUUUUGCUUUGCCAAACGAUACCCAACUAACCAAGCCACAACAGUCAGGGCAGAGCUGAAGUUUUUUAAUGUGUGUUUUUGUUUUAACAUCUGCAACCCAUAAUAAGUAAAGCUUCUUAGUUUAGAAUCAUAACAAACUAUUGCUUAGUUUUGUUACAGUGACCUUUUAGAAUAUUUGGAGGCAGCAGAAGGAGGAGAUUGAGUUUAGUGGUUUUUAGAGUUUUAUGGGUCACAAUUUGUAAAUCGUUGUUUUUUCCAUUAAAGUUAUUAGCUAUAAUUGUGUACAUAUAGGUAAAGGAGUGAUUUAAUUAAGGAAUUAAUAUUUUGUGAUGGUUUUCUUUCUCCUUACCUAUUAAAUAAAAUUAUCAUCCCAUUUUUUAUUUUUAAAAUUAUAGUGCUAAUAAACCAGUUAGUCUCUGUAUGUAUGUCAGAUUUUCUCAUUAAAAGUAUUCUUAGGGUAGUAAGAAGGCAUAUUAAAUUUGUUGGCGUAGAUUUUGAAAGAGGAGUAAUUAGCGAUUAUCUUCUUUUUGAUUCCUUACACCUUGCAAAGCAAAUUAAUUAAUUCAAUUCAUUUAAUUCAAAUUGCCAAACGUAUUAAGUCUAAAACAUUUCCCCUGUUAGCAUGAUUUGUAAAUUUUAUGCCAAACCUUUAAAAAUUUAUAAUCGAGAUUUUUGCAGUUAAAUUCAGAGAUUUUGUAAUGGAAUGGUUAUAAUGUAUACUGUCUAUUGACUAUACCAAAUGGUAUAAUUGUUGUAAUUGGGUACAUGUGUGUUAAUUUUGAAUAUAUUUCCUAUGGAAAUUCAUAAUGCGUUGUCACUGUAAUACUGUGCACAGAAUCAAGGGAAAAAGUAGCACAAAUAACUCUUUGGAAAGAGAUCUGCAAGAGUAAAUAGUUAUUCUCAAAGCUAAGGCUGUGUCUCUUGGAAAGUUCACUUUUUGAUACAUUUAAAAAUCUGUCCUAGUCAUUUACAUUAGAAAUCAUCUCUUUUUCCUUUUCUUCUUACAGAUUUAGUUUUUUGAAUAACCCUGUCCCAUUCCAGGUGUGAUGAUUACAGUAAUUACAUAUAUAAAACACUUCCCAAUAUAGAAACCAGUAAGUUCAAUAAGCUGUCUUAAAUUUAAAUAUGAGUAAAAUAGAUUAUUUUUAUUUUGCAUGGACCCAGCCAUAGUCUCCCCUAAAUUAGAACUAUAUACAAACAUUAUACCUACUUGAUGAGUAACUAAAGACUUCAUCUAGGAGUGCUGUCCAGUUCACAUUUCCAUGUUGCACUUCUUGUAAAUUAAUGGGAAGAUUGAGAGCCUUUGAUGAGCCAUUGGGCUUUUGCUCUCAAUUUUAUUAUUAAUUAAGGGGAAGAAAUAAGAAUAAUUUAUUUGCUUGUGAUUAAAAUGUGUUCAAGUUUAGUAGAGUUAAUCAAAAAAUACUAUUUGGAUUAUUUUCUUGUUUUGCAGUUUUAACUGGUUUCUCAAAUAGGGCAUAUAAAACUAAAGUUUUACUAUGCUUGGGGUUGGUUCAUCUACAACUAGUGCUUAUAAUUGUAAAAUUUUGUUUCUGUCUCUUCAGUUGUAAUUCUGAACUCAUCAGGUUUUUUAGUAUAACAAAAUGAGAGAAAAUUUGAUUUGGGAAGGGAUUGUGGAUUAUUCCCUUAAUUCUUCUUCCUUCUUUCUUUUUUUAUCUUAAUAAUAUUAGAAAUUGUGUUUUUUUCAUAGUCUUUUUUUGUACACAUUUUGUUUUUAUAUUCUCUGCUCAGCCAACCUUGUAACACUUUUAAUGAAGUUGAUGGAUGGUAAGUGACUGACAGAAUGGAGGUAAUUUUUUUCCUCCUAUGUUCCACUGAAUUUAUUGUUUCUUAUGAACCUUAUUUAACCAUGUUAAACUUAUAGACCACAGCUUUGUGGGUAGUUUCCUGACCCCGUUGUUUAGAUAGAACUUUGAUAUGAAAGUACUCGGAAAGAUUUAUAAAAUUCUAUCAAUGUUCAUUUGUUAGGAACCCCCUAAACAUGGUGUAGUAUUUGGAUAUAUGGAUUUAAGAAGAAGAUUCUUUUAUAGCACUUAAGCAUCAUGAAGACAGACUAGUUAAGUUGUUUGAAAUACACUAUCAUGAGAAUCACUAUUUUACCAUGAUUCUCCAAUCUGCCCUUUUUCUUUCUUUCUUUUUUUUUUAAAUUUUUAUUUAGUUUUAGAGAAAGGGGAAGGGAAGGAGAAAGAGAGAAAUACCUAUGUGUGGUUGCCUCUCACAUGCCCACUACUGGGGAUCUGGCCCGCAACCCAGGCACUUGCCCUGACUGGGAAUUGAACCAGCAACUCUUCGGUUCGCAGCCUACACUCAAUCCACUGAGCUACAUCAGCCAGGACAAUCUGGCCUUCUUAAAGAACUGAAUGAUUUUGAAGGAAAGCUGAUAGCAAUUUUGAGUUCAACUUCUGCAGGUGGGUCUUCAUAUUCUGCAGUGUUGUUACAAUAAUCAAUAGGAAGUUAAUGGUAGCAAGUCUUAAUUUAAUAAUAUUCAUUUAGGUAGCUGCCAUUUAUUUAUUUAAUGUAAUUGUUACAGUCUGAUUUUCAUAACAAUCUAUAAGUGUUUUAUAAAGAGGAAACAACUUACAGAGAUUAAGUAACCUAUCCAAUGUAAUUUCUUUAGGGAGAGAUGAAACUGAGAUUCAGAUCUCCCACAUAUAUUCCUCAUUAUAUCCCAUUUUAUCUUUUAAACUACAGUUUUUAGUUUUCUAAGGUAGGAAAGAAAUUUCAAUGAAGAAUGCAUCUUUACCUUUGAUUUACAGAGUUAAAAGGUAUGUUAGUUUAUCAAUAAAGUUGUGUACAAGAAAUUGUAAGUGGCCAUUUAUUUAGAAUAUAUUUUUUGAAGUCAAGAUUAAAAGGGGUUUAUACAAUUUAGUGUCUAAAUGUUUUCUAAAAGAAUAUUGAUAUAAUUGAUAAUCAUUUCAACAUCUUUUGAAUUUUUAUAUAUCCUUGUGCUUUAAUGUGUAAAAUCAAUAUUCAUAAAUGUAUUGCACAUUUAAUAUUUUCUGAUAAUAAAUAGCAUUAAAAUGUGUAGUAGUCAAUAAAUGGAUUGUCAAAUUACAUAAGCUGUUUUGCUGAUUAAUUUUGAGGCAGUAUUUCCUAAAGUAAAUCAACUCUAUUUGUAAGUGGUCUUUUUAAAUGUCCACUUAAGUGUAAUAGUAGUAGAAGUCAUAGAAAUAAUGUCAGUUUUCUCAUUUUCUGAAGAAUUGAGAGCUUUUUCCCUUUGUUUAUGUUGUUAAUUUUCCAAAAUUAAAAAACAAUAAGUUUUAAUUUGUUAUAAAUAUAA